UCCUUCCUCUGGCCCCUUUUACACUUCAACGCGCAUGAUUAUGGCGCACUCGGAUGUCACGUGCUCCACCCGCGCAUGCUCCGUACGCUUUGUUCCUUAGCCUCGUACACAGGAGAACAUUGCGGGAAAACGAAUCGAAGCUUGCUAAAAGCAGCCCGAACAGCUCUUAUCGGCGGUCUUACCUGAGAGCGGCAGCCACUUGGACACGCUGAUGGCGGUCACCAUUGAGGAUCUGUAUCGAAACUACGGGGUUCUAGCUGAUGCUAAGGACAACCUCAGUCAGCACAAAGAUGCUUACCAAGUCAUCCUGGCUGGAGUGAAGGGCGGUCCAAAGGAGAAGCGGCUGGCGGCUCAGUUUAUUCCCAAGUUCUUUGACAACUUUCCAGAACUGGCUGAUGCUGCCAUCAAUGCCCAGCUGGACCUUUGUGAGGAUGAAGAUGUUUCUAUUCGACGGCAGGCUAUUAAGGAGCUUCCACGUUUUGCAACUGGUGAAAACAUCUUCAGAGUCGCCGACAUUCUAACCCAGCUCCUCCAGACAGACGAUACAGCAGAGUUCAACCAAGUGAAUGCAGCACUAAUUUCAAUCUUUAAAAUGGAUGCUAAGGGAACUCUUGGAGGACUCUUCUCCCAGAUCCUGCAGGGGGAGGACAUAGUGCGAGAAAGGGCCAUCAAGUUUCUUUCCACCAAACUGAAAACUCUACCCGAAGACAUAAUGACAAAGGAGGUGGAAGAUUAUGUCUUUGCAGAGACCAAAAAGGUGCUGGAGGACGUGACAGGAGAGGAGUUUGUGCUCUUGAUGCGUGUCGUGUCGGGCCUGCGAGUCCUGCAGACGGUAAAUGGCCGGCAGCAGCUUGUGGAGUUGGUGGUGGAGCAGGCGGACCUGGACCAGGCUCUUAACCCUGCAGACCCUGAUGCUGUGGACCGACUCCUGCAGUGUACACGCCAGGCCCUCCCGCUGUUUUCUAAAAACGUUCAUUCCACCCGUUUCGUCACCUACUUCUGUGAAAACGUCCUGCCCAACCUCAGCACCCUCACGAGCCCGGUGGCUGAGCUGGACAUCCAGCUGGAGGUGCUGAAACUGCUGGCUGAGAUGAGUCCAUACUGUGGAGACAUGGAGAAGCUGGAGGCCAACCUCACCAUGUUGUUUACCAAGUUGCUGGAAUACAUGCCCCUCCCACCAGAAGAGGUGGAAAAUGGAGAGAACUCUGCAAGCGAGGAGCCCAAACUGCAGUUCAGCUAUGUGGAGUGCCUGCUCUUCAGCUUUCACCAGCUGGGCAAAAAGCUGCCAGACUUCCUUCUGGACAAAGUGGACGGCGAGCGGCUCAAAGACUUCAAGAUCAGGUUGCAGUAUUUUGCCAGGGGGUUACAGGUUUACAUCAGGCAACUGCGAGUAGCUCUGCAGGGAAAGACGGGAGAUGCUCUGAAGACAGAAGAGAACAAGAUCAAAGUGGUUGCGCUCAAGAUCACAAACAACAUCAACAUCCUCAUCAAGGAUCUGUUUCACAACCCUCCAUCUUUCAAGAGCACAGUGACCCUGUCCUGGAAACCUGUCCAGAAGGCAGAGGCAGUAGCAGCCAAACGUUUGUCAAGUGAGGAGAUGGGUUCUGGUGGGAGCACAAAAAAACAGAUCACUCCUCUUCCUCGGAGGGACGCGCGGCAGAUCUACAACCCCCCCAGCGGCAAAUACAGCUCCUCCAUCGGCAACUUUAACUACGAGCAGCGCGGCGGAUUCCGGGGGGGCAGAGGACGAGGCUUCGGAACCCGAGGUAACCGGAGCCGAGGCCGGAUCUACUGAGACAGGCGUGUACAUAUUGCUGAUUGAACUGCAUCACAUCAGGAUCUUUGCUUCCCGGGACGGACUAUGUCUCAAGAGUUUUCUUACUUUUUUUUUUCCAAUAAAUGUUUCAGUUCCAACACAAUGAUUUUAGUUGGUGUUUUCAAGGUUUUGUUUUUUGUCUUCAGGAGUAACUUUUCUAGAUACCGUGUCAUUAUUUCCACCUAGUGUUUCCUUUAGCCAAGUCUAUCGAAAUGAGUGUAAUUUUCUUCUUCCACAGAUUUGAAAAAAGAAUCGGUGUAUUUUGGUUUAAUAGAAGACGUGUUGUGGCUGAAAUGUUUUGUCAAAUAGUUGUAGGAACAUGAAGAUCCUUUUGUUUUGCAUCUUGUUCAUAAAUGCACCCGUUUUUACCGUUUUAUUUAAUCGUGUUUUUAUCAGAGCUUCAUUGGAAUUGGCUGACUGUACUACUUUGUAUGAAUUAAUGCUGUUUCAUUGGAUUUUUAUCAUAAACUUCUGCGGAAGAAAAGGUCUUUUGUGUCUCACUUGUUAAAUUCUCCUUAAUGAACUUGCAGCUUUCAUUAGAGAUGCAGAUUAUUUCCUGUUUUUUCUGUUAAUGUCAACAUAAAAACUGGCAACAAAUAGACAAAAUCUUAUCGUUUCCAUUUCCUAAAGCAGUUUGUUCAUUUUAUUUUUUACAUUUCUAUAUAAAAUGACUUAAUUGUGCACCAUCAGAGUGUAAAAUGUGUUCAUGUUUUUCAUCUAAAGAGUUUUUUUUUCAUUUUUAAUGGAAGAAUCGUCAAAGUA